AUGGAGUUAACCGAGGCUAUUGAGAAAACUCGGGUAGAUAAGGUCCAGCUGAUUCGAGGGCCCCGUCCUCGACAGUUCGGAUCUCUGGUGCUGACUGGACAUCAUCUAAUCUUUGCUCCUGAACCAGAUAAUGGAACGAAAAAGAAGGAAGAACGUACGGAGUUCUGGGUAGGUUUUUUUAAACUUUAUUUUGUGUCAGUUUAGGGUUGAAAAUCGAAAGACGGGGAAAAUUGUGGCCUUGGACGCUGGAAUUUGUUUUUUCGGAGAUUAGAUAGCUGUGAGGGGAUAAGCUGUUAUUCACCUGGCCAUCUCACGCCUUGUUCUUCUAACUGUCGUUGUUUUAGCUGCUCCAUCGAGCCGUUGAUCGGGUUGUUGUUGAACCCGGGUCCUUGCCUGAGUUUCCAUCUGUGUUACAUUUGAAGUGCAAGAACUUUUUGGUCUGCUCGUUUAUUGUCAAGAGUCAGAGUGAUUGCCAAGCCGUUGCUCGAUCUAUUGAAAGGCUUUCUAAUCUCAGUAAGUUAUUGUAAUUAAAAAUAAGCUUUUUUAUUUAGGUAACAUUGACUUUGAAUAUCCAUUCUAUCAUCCACAAUCAUUUGAGAUGCUAGACAAUGGCUGGACAGCGUUUGACAUUAGCCAGACCUAUGCCAAACUUUCGAUUCUAUCCAAGGAUCGAUGGAGGAUAUCAGAUGUAAACAAGAACUUUGACGUCUGCCCUUCUUAUCCAAGUUUAGUAAUUGUUCCUCAAGGCAUUGGAGACGAUUUCUUGAGGAUCUCUGCGACAUAUCGAGAUGGUUCCAGAUUCCCAGUGCUUUCGUAUUAUCAUUCUGACACCCAAAGUUGUAUUAUUCGGUAAGCAGUUUGAUUCCUUGUUGUUUGAUCUGUAGAUGUUCCCAACCUUUGGUCUCUCCGACAAAUCGGCGGUGCAAAGAAGAUGAACUGAUUUUAAAUUCUCUGUUAUCCCCCAAAGCCCGAGGUGUUAUAUUCGAUACUCGAACGGAAGCCAUAGCCUCAGCUGCCAGAGCCAAAGGUGGAGGUAAAGAGCAACGGUAUCAUUAUAAUCAAUGGAGAUACGUCCAUGCGGAUCUUCCUCAACGAAAGGAUUUCAAAGAUUCGUUAACAAAAUUGAUUGACGCUUGCAUUGAAUAUGGCCAUACAGAGAAGUGGCUGCACAAACUUGCUUCCUCGAGGUGGCUACAGUAUGUUUCGGAUGCUUUGACGGCAGCUGGAACGAUCGCACAAUGGGUUCAUUGCACUGACACGGAGACUCCGGUAGUUGUGCACGGCGGAGAAGGGACUGAUACCACUUUAUUGGUGACUUCGUUGAGUCAGCUUCUACUGGAUGCUGAUGCUAGGACUGUUAGAGGGUAAGUCUUGGUCUGAACGGUAGGAAUUAAAAUGACAAAAAUAUUUUUUUUAUUUACUGUUAUGUAAUGUUGAUGUGAGUUUUGCAGAUUCCAAUCUUUAAUAGAAGCGGAAUGGAUAUCAGCGGGUCAUCCGUUCAGCCUCCGAUGUGCCCAUUCAGCGUUCGGCCAUGGAACUUUAACUGGGCCACAUGAAUCUCCCAUUUUCUUGUGUUUCCUCGACUGUUGCUGGCAAUUAAUGCGUCAAUAUCCAUCAGUAUUUGAGUUCAAUGAGCAAUUUCUGAUUCUCGUGGCGGAACAUGCAUUCGCUUCUGAAUUUGGGAGCUUUUUGGGGAACAAUGAGAAGGUAAAUAUUUUUUGUAUCUAAACUUACAAGGGAAGUACUCCAAGUGCGACUCUCAGAUUUUCUUUAAAUUUUGCACACACGUCGGGUAUGGACUAAAUAUCAAUUCCUCAAAGUUUGAGCUCGCGCUUUGCAGGCGCCGCCGAGAUAUCGAACGAUUUUUGUCGCCGAGAGAGCACGCUAAACGUGGAGAGCGGUCAGAGAGAAAACCGCUUUUUGGCCACAACUUUGGCAAUUUCGUGCGAAAAAAUUUGAUUUUUUGUAGAAACAUUAUCCUUUACAGUUGAAAUAGGCAUGAAACUUUUCGUGCCCAAAUUCGGCAAAAAGUCCUAAAUUUUGGCCGACUUUCGAUCUAAAAAUCUCGGUUGUUUCUGCAAAGCGCGAGCUAGGAUUCUCGCAUAUAUCUUAGAAAAAAUUGUUCUAAAUUUGUGCCAAGUUUCAUCAAAAUCUGAGCGUCGCACUUGGAGUACUUCCCCUGUUAGUUAAUCUUUACAAUUACUAAAUAAUUCGAGUUUUAGGAAAAAUUUGAGCAUAACGUAAAGGAAAGAUCGGCAUCAUUAUGGUCGUAUGUUAAUCAUCCCAACAUCCUGGCCGACUACAUCAACUCUCUUUACCAGCCUUAUGACUCUGUUCUGUGGCCAUCUGUAGCAGCUCCUAGUAUUGUAAGAUGCUUAUAAGUAACCGCUGAUCUUAUUAUAUUAUUUUAGAUCCUUUGGGAAAGGUUUUACCUCCGUUGGCAACGAAAUUGGACAAAAAUCGACCAAGUUUGGGAUGAUUUGGGAGAAUGGAGCCGCAGGGAAAAAGAUUUGAGGAGCAAAUUAAUGUCCAAAAGGUAAAAUUUUAGCAAUCUCUGUAUUUAUCCUUGUUUCGUUUUCGUAAAUAUACGAUAAAAAAUAGCUAAUAUUUAUGGCUAUUAUUUUACUUAAAAAAUGAAAUUUAACAAACAGUGAGCUUAAUAAUUAAUGCAAUAACCGUAUACAAAAACGUGAUGUUUUAGCAUGUCCGAGAGCAGAUCUGACCUCAAAGCGAACGGUGAUAUGAAAAAUGUGAUCGAUCAAAUGGAAAACACCAAAAUCCACACAUAA